AUGGACCUUCCAGACGCAAAUGUUGUGGAGAGGGUGCUAUCACGAAGACAGAUACCAUACAAUGUGCCAGGUUCGCUAAGUAACAAAAGACGUGCCGACCUGUACAAAGUAAAGGGGGAAUACCAAGAAGAGAUGAUACCAAUAUAUAUUGAGGAGAUGGCACACUUCAAUUUUUUGACAGUUAAAAACAGAAAGGAUAAGGAUGGGGAUAUCUACAUAGAACAAAUACACACCAUAGAGCCAUCUGUGUUCAGACCUGGAGAUGAACUCGUUAAGUUAGACGGUCAGGUAAUCACUGAAUUCACUGCCGAAAACAAACUUAGGCUUUUUUCUUUCGAAGCGGAUGCGACUGGAAGACGGGUUAAAACUGUGACAAUAAAAAGGACAGAGGGGGUAGAGAAUGAAGCCAAAGAGACAGAGAUUGACGUUGAGGUCGCCAUCGUGACAGAUAUGAAUUCGGUGAAGGAUAAAGGACAUGCAAGACGCAUACAGACGAGAUUUAUAUUACCGAGACGCCAAAGACUACAACCUAGACACCAAACACGAAAUGUGCAGUGGGUAGUUCCAAAAUCUGACCGAGUUGAAGAAGUGUUCAUCCAGACCAACACUGGAAAGUUUCUAACGGUUAGAAAUGGCAGCAUCGUAGGGGAAAUGAUGGGAGAAGAAAACCAGGAAGAUUUUGUUUUCCAACUGGUGCCAAUGACCGCAGCUUACUCUAGACGAACAGCACGUUUUAAACCAAAAGUGGUUGUGUGCUGCAAAAUUCGUUGGGGAUCGUACUGGGUGAAAACGAGAGUAGGAAGUGACGGGGAAGUUGAAAUGGAACUGAAUGAUGACGAUAUGGAUGACCACAAUACUGUGUUCAAACGACGGGUGAAGUCUAACGGACGGUAUGGAACAGGGUUUGAAUGUCUGUUAUACAAAAAUGUCUACUUGCAAUAUAACCCUCGCAUCAAUGAAGUAGAUGUAAAACCUUAUAAUCCGAGAAUAGACAUAGGAGCAACCCUUAAAUCUGUUCCGGUUUCUACCCUAUUCCGAGUGGUACAAACAACCGGAAUGGUGCGACUAUCAAACACAAAUCUUCUUUCAACUAACGAUAGGUCUCCGAGAUUCAGUGAAAACAUAGAUGAAUUUGAAGAUGGAAAAACAACCAGUUGCUGUUUCAAAUGUUUCGGCUUUUUCAAGAAAAAAAGUUCACAUUCUGUUACCAAUGAGUCCUUAGACAGUGAUCCAACGUUUCCAUCAAACGAUACUGCUAGCAGGUUGGAUACCGAUGAUGGCACAACCUGA